AUGACAGAGCCGAUAAAGGAAAUAGCGGUGAAACGGAGUGUGGAAGCGGUGUACACUGGCGGAACGGUCAGAUGGAGUGCGAACGGCCAAAAAUUGUUCUCCACGUGUACGAAUGUGGUGAAAGUUAUCGAUUUGGAGCAGACGAACGCCAGGUUAGUCAAGAAAACGCGGAUUUUCAUCCCAAAUUUGAACAAAAACGUGUGAAUGGUAGCUUAAUCAGCUUGAAAAACUAGAUCUCUAAGAACGUGGAAACAAUGUGUUUUCUUCAAAACCUACGUUAAUUUCCCCAAAGCUUCUCCAAAUUUCUGUGAAAAACGUGCGAAAGCACGUUUCUUUUCGUGUUUUGCCAAAAAAUGGGUUAGCAUCGGAACGAAAAGAGAGGAAAACAACAAGGAAAAUUAUCGAACCGACCGAAAAUCGUUUGUUUUGCGGUUCCGCGCGUGGGUCAAAACUAAAAGAUUCUACAGUUUUUGGAUGCGCCUUUAAAGUUACAGUGCGCGCGUUGCGGUGUUUGGGACCGCUGGGAGGACGGGGAGAAAAAAAAGAGGAUCGCUCUCGGCGGAUAGUCAUCUCGGACGGAAGGGCCGCAGAACGCGACGGCAGACUACGAACAGAUGAUGACUAAAAAGAGCACAUAUUUCGGAAAACAUAAUGACAAGUGCAAAUUUUUUAAAAAUUUCAAAAGAACACACAGAAAACCCCUCAAUUUUUGCAGCUAUACGAUCGGAGACCCGGAAGACGAGUUGCGGAUCACGUGUACGGUGGUGGAUCGCAACCGGAACCGUCUUCUGAUCGCCUACAACAACCAGGUGAUCCGCGAGUACACGAUCCCGCUGGAUCCGUCGGUGCAGAAGCCCGAGCUGGCGAAAUCGUGGAAAACAAUGCACACGGCCCCGAUUCUGGUGAUGGAGUUCAACGAGGAGGGUCAUUUCCUGGCGACCGGCUCGGCGGACCACACUGUAAAAGUGUGGAAUCUUCUGGAAUCGCAGUGCACGCACACUCUCAAGGGACCGUCCGUCGUGUCGGCGAUCGUGUUCGGCAGAAACGAGAAACUGGUGGUCGGCUACAUCGAAGGCCAGCUGAAUUUGUACAAUUUGAUAAAGGGCGCGCCGAAAAAGUUGGCGAACGAGUGGAAAAAACACAGUUCACAGAUUACCGCCCUGCUGCAAGUGCCCGAGUCGAGAGUAGUUGUGGCCCUUUCCCGUGAUCAGACCAUGUCUUUGCACGAGACGGAAACCCAGGAGACCCUAAAAGUACUUCCGCUCUUCGAAUCCGUCGAAUCCGGAGCCAUCGGUCACAACGGAAACCUUUUCACGGUCGGCGAGGAGGGACUCGUCAAGGAGUUCGUCAUCGAGACCGCCCGUCUCGUGCGGAAAAAGCGAAUUUGCGGCGGCGGAAUCGAUCAACUGGCCUACGAUCCGGUGUCCAAUCGAUUUUUGGCCGUCUCCGCAGAACAGAAUCUGAUUUUGGUGGAUUUUGAGCAGUUGAAGAUUGUCAGACAGAUUGUCGGAUUUCAUGACGAGGCAAGGACGGGAAAAUGAGAAUUUUGUUCAAAUACAAUUUUAAAGCUAUUUUUGACAAAUUUGCUGCAGAAAUUCCUCAAAAAACGCCAAAAAAAACGAAAAAAAAAACUUUUUCACGUUUAUUCACUCCAUUUCCACAUUUUCAGAUCUACUCGUGCUGUCUACUGGGAAACAACGAAUCUCACAUGGCGGUGGCGUCGAACACCGCUGAAAUCCGUCUCUACUCGACCGACACCCUCGAUUGCCGGCUGAUCCGCGGCCACUCGGAGUCGGUGCUCUCCGUGGUUUCGCCCGCGUGGGACUGUUCCCUGCUCGCCUCGUGCUCCAAGGACAACUCGAUCAUUUUGUGGCGUCUCUGCUCGGCGGAUUCCGACGAUUCGGCAACGUUGAUUCCGCUCUUCGCGGCCACCGGACACGCCAAUUCGGUCACCGCGUUGGCCGUUUCGAACACGCAGAGAUCGCCGUUCCUCGCGUCGGUCUCCAGUGAUUGUACCAUCAAAUUGUGGCCGAUCGGUGAGGCUUCGAAGGCGAAAGAGGCGCCGAAAGUGGAGGCCGAGGGGGAUUUUGUGGAGCAGCUGUAAGUUUGAAACGAAAAACAUGAUUUUCGCCAGUCGUAGAAAUCGAUGAAUUUCGAAUAGAACACCGAGUUUUCCUGGUAAAAUUGAUGGAAUUUUGAGGUUGGAGCCUUUUCCACCAGAUUUCGCAACAUUUCCCAAUUUUGGUCACAAAUCCGGUGUCACUCCUUCCUUUUCUCGUUUCUAAUGCUGCUUUGAGCAGAAAUCUUGGAUUCUCAUCGAUUUUACAUCAAAUUUCAUUUUCCCUUAAUUACAGUCCAAAACUGCAAUGCUCGUCGACAAUGGUGGCCCAUGGAAAAGACGUGAACUGCAUUGACAUUUCCGAAUCGGAUGCCCUUAUCGCCACCGGCGGAAUGGACAAACUGGUGAAACUGUGGCAAGUGGACGGCCAAAAGAUACAGUUGGGCAUCGGCGGCACCCUUUCGGGCCAUCGGCGCGGCGUUGGCGACGUGAAAUUCGCGCGGAACGCACACAAACUGGCGAGUUGCUCGGGCGACAUGAGCAUCAAAGUGUGGAGUGUGGCGGAGAAGAAUUGCCUGCAGACGAUCACCGGACACUCGUGCGCCGUCUUCCGCGUCAUUUUCGUGCGCAACGACACACAGAUCAUCUCGGCCGACUCGGCGGGCAUCAUCAAGAUCUGGACGAUCAAGACGGCGGACUGCGAGAGUACUGUCGACGGACACACCGACAAAAUCUGGUCCCUGAGUGCGGAUAGGCACGAGAAGGAGUUUGUGACGGCGGGCACCGAUGGUCGGAUCGUCGUGUGGAAGGAUGUGACGGAGGAGAAGCAGCGGGCGGAGGACGAGAAACGGCGCGAGGCCAUCGAACAGGACCAGACACUCACCAAUCUGCUCAGUCAGAAACGGUUCAAGGAGGCACUCGUGUUCUCUUUGACACUCGCCAAACCCUACUGUGCCUACAAGGUAGGGAAAAGGAUAGAAAAACGAAGAGAACUGAUGCUCUGAGCCAGUUUUCAUGUAAUUCUUUGAAAAGGCGAGGUUUUGACGUUCGGCACAGUGGAUUUGCAAUUCGCUGGUAUUGUUCGAACUUCAAAAAAUACGUUGAAAAAUCAGAGAUCUCCUGCGUUUUUUCGAGAACAUGGCUCAAAAUGCAUAAUUUCUCUGCUCUUCCACUUUAAAACCAAAAUUUUUCAUAUUGCAGGUGAUAAACGCACUAAUAUCCGAGGAAUCGCCGGACGCGCUGUCGGCGGCGAUCCGUCGUCUGGACGCCCGUCAAACGGAGAUCCUGCUGCAGUUCACGGUGAAAUGGAACACGAACAGCCGUCAUUCCCACGUGGCCCAACGCGUUUUCUUUCGAAAUCAUCCACAUUUGUCCGCCGGACGAGCUGCUGCAGUUGCCCAACGCGGCCUCGUACGUCGAAUCACUUCUACCCUACACCCAACGACACAUGGAUCGGCUCGAUCGGGCCAAGCAGGACGUCAGUCUGUUCGAUUUCGUCUGGAAACAGAUGAGAGCUGUCGUUUAA